AAAAAGAAAGAGCUCUGUAGUAUAAAUACAUAGCUUCCCCUUCCAUGCCUCCUUAUGCUUGAGUCUCUUCUCUAAUGGAUUCCAAUUAAUAUACUUUUCAUCCCUCUUUUAUGGUUUCUCUCUUCAAAUGGAUUUUUUUUUUUAAUUUCUGUUCUUUCAUGAUUGUUUUAAAUGGCGAAGGGCCGACGGUUGACCACCAGCAGAAGCGAACUAUUUCUGGGAAGUUACGGUUACGGUCACGGUCAAACUGACACUAUCGCCGGCGAUUCGGAGCUUCGGGAGGAAGAUGUUUGGUCGAUGGCCGAUAAUGAUACCGACCGUGACGACCAGACCGAUAGUAACGAGAUCUGGAACUACGAGACGAGAGGCGGCCGCCGCCGGAUCCCCCGAGGUGGUGGCGGUGAUUGUCACGUGGGUGGGCUUUCUCUGGCCUUCGAGGAUUCUUCUUCGAUGAAAAGUGGGAUCGUGCACCAGUACCGUACCGUCCACGACAACGUGACGCAGGAGGCGGAAGCGCCACGUGGACGACUAUUGGCAACGUCGGCGCCUUUGAACGUGCCUGACUGGAGUAAGAUUUACAGGGCCGACUCGCUGGAGUCUAUGCAUGACUCGGACGAUGAUGGUGGUGAGUCGGAUAUGAUGCCCCCACACGAGUACCUGGCGCGUGAAUACGCUCGGAGGAAAAAAUCGGGUGGGGCUUCGGUCUGUGAAGGCGUGGGUCGAACCCUUAAGGGCCGAGACAUGAGACGGGUCAGGGACGCAGUAUGGAGCCAAACCGGGUUCUAUGGUUAAUGUUAAACCAAUUUGUUAAG